AUUCACCACUAUGUUGUCCACAUUUGCCAACAGUGAAAAGUUUAUUGAUUCAGUUAUCACUCUCCUGAGGACGCAUAACUUCGAUGGACUCGACCUUUUUUUCUUGUACCCUGGACUGAGAGGCAGCCCCACGCAUGACCGGUGGACAUUUCUUUUCUUAAUUGAAGAGCUCCUGUCUGCCUUCCAGAAGGAAGCACUGCUCACUAAUUGCCCAAGACUUCUCCUCUCUGCUGCAUUCUCUGGUGUCCCACACAUCAUCUAAAUAUCUUAUGAUGUGUCCUUUUUAGGAAGACUCUUGGAUUUCAACAGCAUCUUGUCUCAUGAUUUGCAUGGAAGCUGGGAAAAGUUCACAGAACAUAAUAGCCCCCUGUUUUCUCUUCCAGAAGACCCCAAAUCAUAUGCUAUGAAUUACUGGUGAAGUCUGGGAGCACCCUCAGAGAAGCUCAUCAUGGGGCUCCCCACUUAUGGACGUACUUUUCACCUUUUCAGAGCCUCUAAGAAUGGGCUGCAGGCUGCAGCUAUUGGACCAGCAUCUCCAGGGAAGUACAGCAAACAAGCUGGCUUCUUGGCUUCUUACGAGGUUUGCUCCUUUGUCCAGAGAGCAAGAAAUCAUUGGAUUGAUUAUCAGUAUGUCCCAUAUGCCUACAAGGGGCAGGAGUGGGUUGGCUAUGAUGAUGCCAUCAGCUUCAGUUACAAGGCAACAUUUGUAAAGAGAGAACAUUUUGGAGGGGCUGUGGUGUGGACACUGGACAUGGAUGAUGUCAGGGGCACUUUCUGUGGCACUGGCCCUUUUCCCCUUGUAAAUGUACUGAGUGAGCUCUUGGUGCAGGCUGAGGUCAGCUCAACUCCUUUACCACAAUUUUGGCCUUCAUCUGCUAUGAAUUCUUCAAGAUCUGACUCUGAAAGACUGGCUGUGACAGAGGCAGUGACCACGGAUACUAUUAAGAUUUUGCCCCCAGGAGGAGAAACUCUGGCCAUGGAGACCCAUGAAAAGUGUGAAAACAUAACUACAAUUUCUGCAAGUGGAAUUGUGACCCCUGAAGGGGAAACAGUAUCCCCUAGAAAGCUCAGUAGUGUAGCUCUAGGUGUAAAGACUGAGGUCCUUGGGACAAAGACUAUGACCUCAGUGGACAGUUGGUCUGUGACCACUGCAGAGACAACUGUAGCUUUUGUGCAUCUUCAGACAGAGACCCUUGGAGAAAAGACCGUGACCACUGUGGGUCAUCAAUCUGUGACCCAUGGAGGGAUGACUAUGACCCUUGUGCAUCUUCAGACUAGGACCUUUAGCCAGAAAACAAUGGCCCCUAGAAGGAAUGCUAUAUCCCCUGAAAAUGGCACUGUCCCCUACAGAAAGUUGUCAGUCAACCCUGCUGGGAAAGCUAUGACUCUAUGAGGGGAGAAUUUUACCCAGGAUGGCUCUGUUAUCUGUCUCCUAAGUAGCAUUCUCCUUGCUUUUGACAACCCCUUAAUCCUCACUGAUGGAAAUCAUUUAUCUAUUGAUUCAAUGACCCUUGCAACAAGUCUUCUCUAAAAAAAAGACAACCCAGAAAAUUCUGCUGUGGAUAAAGAAUCCUAAGCUCUGUUGGUAGCAGAAACUGGGAAAGCUCUUGUCUUUUCUUUUAUAUGAUAUGACAGAAGCCACGUGAUCCCACCCAUUGAUAAACCAUUCAGUGGGGUAAAGUAGGUACCAAAGCCUUCAAGGAGUCAAUCUCUUUUCUGUUGAAUACAUUA